GGCCUCCUCUGCGCCCCUCCUCUCCCUCGCGCGGCGCCCGCCUGACGCCGCGGCCUCGCCUCGUCACCGACGCCUCGCUCCUCCGUCUCCGCCUCUCCCUCGUCGGCCCACGGCAAGCCACGCCGACCGGAUCGACCAUCGCCGCCGACCGGGACGACCACGCCGGACGCCAUCGCCGCUCCUCCCCUGCGUCGCCGUCGAUCCGCGCCACCGCGACCUCCCCGGAGCUCCACGAGCCUCGCCCCCAUCGUCCUCUUCUCCACUCCGUCGUCGAUCGUCCCCGUCCUCCUCCCCAAGGGUCACCCCCGAGCCUCGACGCCCUUGUGCCCCUGCAAACGCCGGUGAGGCCCCCGGCCUCCCUUCCCCUCUGUUACUCGCGCCGUCCCGCUGUCGUUCACGCGCCGCCCGGUGCUCGUGCUCGCGGUGAGCACGCGCGCACCCGCGCGCUAGCCUCGCCUGUUGUCCGCACCGUCGUCCGCCCCGGUGCGCUCCGCGCUCGGCCGCGCCCCCGCGCCCCUGGUGCUGCUCCCCCGCCUCCCUGCCGCCCUAUCGCCGCAGCGCCAUCGGCCACCGCGGCCGCCCUGGCCACCGGCCUCGCCUCGCCGCACUCUCUGCGGGCGAGCGCCCAUCCAGGCGCCCGCGCCCGCUAG